ACAGCCGCUUCCUAAACUCACUCUCUCUUAGUUUGGGUCUUCUUCAGAAGAAUCGGCCAUGGACGACCUACUCGCUAUUACAGAGAAGAAGGCCCUUGUUGAGAUUGUGAAGUUGGUCCAGAAAAGAGGAUGGAAGGGUACUAAAGGAGAUUGGAAGGAGUUUUUGAACAUUUAUGAUAAACAGAUUGGGGCAAGCUUGAGUGAUCCGGCAAGGAGGUCCAAUAGUGUUUUGAUUUCUUUUCUGAUGACAUUUGAUAAAGAGGAUCAUUUGCAGUUCUUGACUAAAGUAAUCCAAUCUUGUUCCAAGCAAAAGAUGGUUCAACAACUUACGAGCUCGCUGGAUGAUGAGUCCCCUGAGCAGAGGCUGGUUUGCUUAACUCUUGAACACCCGCUGUAUCCCUUCGAGUAUUCUUUCCCUUCAAAUAGUCAGGAUUGGGUUGUUACAGAGGUCGGUAAAAAAUCCAAGGUGAUGAAAUUAGACAGAAUUCUUGCCGUUGACUGUGAGAUGGUCUUGUGUGUAGAUGGAACUGAAGCAUUAGUGAGGGUGUGCGUUGUGGAUCACAAUUUACAGGUCAAGUUGGAUGAAAUUGUAAACCCUAAUAAAGCAGUUGCAGAUUAUAGAACUGAGAUUACAGGCAUCACUGAAGCAGAUCUGGAGGGAGUUACUUGCUCGUUGGUAGAUGUGCAGAAAUCAUUGAGGAAAUUGUUGUCGAAGGGAAGAAUUUUAGUUGGCCACAGCCUAAGUAAUGACCUAAAUGCAUUGAAGAUAGACCAUACAUGGGUGAUUGAUACCUCGUUUAUAUUCAAAUAUUCUGAUGGACCUAUUAAUAGAAGACCUUCUUUGAGUAAUUUGUGCAAGUCGUUGCUGGGCUACGAACUACGUCAGAAGGAUGCACCACAUAAUUGUUUGGAUGAUGCUUGUGCUGCAAUGAAACUUGUCCUUGCUAGGCUAGAGCAUCAAAUCGAAGAUACUGUUCCCUUUCCUGAAGUGGAUGCGCGUGAAAUUGACAUGUCGAAGCUAUUUCUUCACAAGAUACCUCUGUAUGUGCCUAGUGAAGAAUUGCUAAAGGUCAUUCCUGGGGACUUUACAAUCGAACUCAAGCCAUCUUGGAAAACUCGAGGAAAUAAAUAUUCUGCCUAUGCUGUCUUUAAGAAUUCAGACGAAGCACAACAAGCAUAUGAAAACGUUAAAGGCAGUGAAGAAAAGGAUUCGUUUGGACGACCACAGAAACUUAUCACUUUGCGUCCCAGCAAAGGUAAACCUUGUAGUAUUUAUGUUCGUAAAAUGGCAGAUGGUGAUGGCAACGAGGGAGACGUGUCUAGGAAGAGAGCUCAUCAAGUUGAAGAGACAUCAAAUGUAUCCAAGAAACUGAAAACAGAAGAGAAUAAUAAAGAGGAGACAAUGGAAGACCAGAAUGAGCGUUGUGAUGAUCUUGAAGAAAUUGAGAUAUCAAAGAAAGAACGGAAAGCCAAGGAUUUGGAUACAGUGACUGCUAAUGGAAAGGUGUCUAAGCACCGAAAAAAGGACAAAAAAGGAAAGAAGAAACGGCAUUAGGCAGUACCUUGGAUUGUUAUGAAUUGCAUGUGGCUCGUUGAUCCGUAUGUUUGCUUUCUAUGGUGUGUUACUGCUCAACAAUAGUGGGAAGGAUUCUGUAAGGUUUGGGUUGAGGAUGCCAGCCACAAAGAAGGGUUGAAAGUUUCUUCCCAUUCUCUGCUCUGUUCUUAUGGUUUGGCUUCCAGUCAACUGGUGGAUUGGUGCAUUUAACAUAUUCUGAUUAAUUUUGCUACGAAGAGCAAGUGCAGAUUGUGCCUCGGAAUAUUAAGGAAUAGGUAAGAGAAUGCGAAAAAGAUGGGCCGGAAAUUCGAAUUAGGUAUAUCGAAGACUGAACGAGUUAUUUGGCGUGGCAGCUGAAAUAACUUGUAUAUUUUGCAAUGUUGUGCUAUUUUCUAACAAAUUCUCACAUUGUACCCAUGGAAAUAACCCUAUUUGUUUUCCAAUAAUUCUCACAUUUUGUUUGUCGUU